UAUUUUAUGAAAGUGUUCUGCAUGAGAGACGUUUGUCUCUGUCAUGAGGUAGAGUUAGUAAAGUUUCUAAAAUAGAGAUUGUAUCCCAUAAAAAAAGAAAAAAAAAAUAGAGAUUGUAAACCCCAGUCAGUUGAAUUGAGCAAUGAGUUUAAUAAACCAAAAUCCAUGAGAGCGGGGAAGAGAGGCAAAACCCGUUAGCUUUAAAAACCCACACACACACAGUGACACAGACCCAUUCCAUUUCGUCAUUUCGAAUUGAACAACAACAUCAUGUCGAUGGACCUCUUCUUUUGGAUCAUCGCUUUUCUCAUCAACUUAGCUCUCAUGGCUUCCACCUUUUAUCAGAUUGUGAUCUUGACGGACUUGGAAGCUGACUACAUAAACAUUUACGACUCAGCAACUAGCAUUAAUCGCAUCGUUCUCCCUGAGUUCAUUGUCCAAGGAGUAUUCUGCGCCAGCUUCCUUUUGACAUGGCAUUGGUUCAUGUUUCUGAUAACAGUUCCUGUUACUUGCUAUCAUGUGAUGCUGUUUUUGAAACGGCAGCAUCUUUUUGAUGUCACUGAGGCGUUCAGAUUUCUUAAUGCUGAGAAGAAGUUUCGGUUAAUCAAGCUUGGUUUCUACUUAGUGAUUUUUGCCAUAAUCACUGGCAGGCUUGCAUUAUCUGUUUUCGAGUUUUUAAGUGAUGCGGAUGAUGCCACGCAUUUGUUUUGAAUGUGCACUGCUGCAGCAGUAUGUUGGCAACUCAUUACCAAUAUUUAUCGUAUUUCUGGAAGUAAGGAGAUUUUACCGUGCAGGAAGAGAUUCUCAAAGGCAUUUCCAUGUGACAUCCAUCAUCAGGUGUAUUUAGCUAAUCACUCUUUAUUAGAUGUGUGUUUUUUCUAUAAGUUGCCCCUCAUACUUGAUUGAAUAACUUUAAAAGGAUGUCUUAUUUAUCUGAUAGGCGAUAGCACAUCUGGUCCCUGGACAGGAAAUUGAAACUCUAGUAUUCAUUCAUCUCUUGCUUCUCUCACUGCAAGUAACCACCAAGUGGGAAAGUAGUCCAUGUAACCUAAUAUUAAGCAUAUGGUAAAGCCAAAAAUGAACAUAACCAGAGCAUCAAUAUUGACAUGUAAGUUAUUGCAGCCUUAUGAAAGGAGAGUACUCUUUCCUGAAA